AUCCUCUCGCCGGCCUCCCAGACCCGGGUGAGGCCGCCACGGACUGCCCUUUCCUAAGAUGGCGUCGAAGAUGGGUUCGAGACGCUGGAUGCUGCAGCUUCUUAUGCAGUUGGGUUCAGUGUUGCUCACACGCUGUCCCUUCUGGGGCUGCUUCAGCCAGCUAAUGCUGUACGCUGAGAGGGCCGAGGCGCGCCGGAAGCCUGACAUCCCAGUGCCCUACCUGUACUUCGACAUGGGGGCGGCCGUGCUGUGCGCCAGUUUCAUGUCCUUUGGAGUGAAGCGACGGUGGUUUGCACUGGGGGCUGCACUCCAGUUGGCCAUUAGCACCUACGCUGCCUACAUCGGGGGCCAAGUCCACUACGGGGACUGGUUGAAGGUCCGUAUGUACUCACGCACAGUUGCCAUCAUUGGUGGCUUUCUUGUGCUGGCCAGUGGCGCUGGGGAGCUCUAUCGCCGGAAACCCCGAAGUCGUUCACUUCAGUCUACUGGCCAGGUGUUUCUGGGCAUCUACCUCAUCUGUGUGGCCUACUCACUGCAGCACAGUAAGGAGGACCGGCUAGCCUAUCUGAAUCAUCUUCCAGGAGGGGAGUUAAUGAUCCAGCUCUUCUUUGUGCUCUAUGGAGUCCUGGCGCUGGCUUUUCUGUCAGGAUACUAUGUGACCCUGGCUGCCCAGAUCCUGGCUGUACUGCUGCCCCCAGUCAUGCUGCUCAUCGAUGGCAAUGUUGCCUAUUGGCACAACACCCGGCGUGUAGAGUUUUGGAACCAGAUGAAGCUCCUUGGAGAGAGUGUGGGCAUCUUUGGGGCUGCUGUCAUCCUGGCCACUGAUGGCUGAGUUGUGUGGCUGGAGGCUGAGAUGGGUACAGGGAGCCACUGAAGGCCACCUUUCCUUCUUCCUUACUGGCCCAGUUGCUGUUUAUUUAUGCGUUUGGGGCGGUUAUUUGUUUAAUCUUCUACUUUGUGUAUGUGUGUGUUGGUAAGAAGCAGAUCUCUUCCACAAUUCUUGGGCUUAGCCUUUGAGUGGGUAGGAGUCCUGAGGAUGAUGCCUUACAGGUUGUUUGUUUUUCCUGUUUAUUAGGGAGAAAACUGACACCAAUUGCUCUACCAGGUCUCUUAUCCCUAAGAAAUGAGUUAAGGCAGUGCUAGUGUAGGGUUACUAAGAGUGGUCAAGAACCAGAAGUGAGGUGAUAUGGGGUGGGGGAAAGUCCUUUUGAACAUGGCAGAUGCAGCUAGGCUUUGCAGUGUUUCUUGAAGACUGGGAGUAGUGAGUAUGCCUGUUGACUCCUGGAUCAGGCACCAGAUGAGCAGAGGAGCCAGGUGCCAUGGCAGUCACAUGGGUUCUCAGGGCAUGCCAGGAAGAGAAACUGCACUAGUUGUCACACACCUUGAGAGCAGAGCAGGCCAGUUACCUCUGGGACUCACAGGGGUGGGGCAACCAGUGACCAGCUUCCUACCUCCUACUGUUUCCAUUUCCAGCUCCAUGGUGGCCUGGUGGGAUAGGUGCCUUCCUGGUUAAAGUGGGUAUCCUCCCAAACACUAGACCACACAGUCCUUUGAAAAUAAAACAUUUUAUAGACA